AUGUGCCGUGCGCACCUCGCCGCUCUCUUGCGGCUACUCAUAUUGGCUGGUGGUGCCUUCUACGUGAAUCCAUAUACUAGCGAAGAUCGGAUCGACCUUAACCAGGUAUGGGUGGAGAUCCCCAAGAGUCUAGUCGCUUUGGGCGGCGAUGUCCACAUCCUCGUCCAAGGAGUAACCGGCGCUGGCAACUUAAGAGUUCGCCUCGCGCGAGAAGACGACGACGGCCGCACUCUUCUAGCCACCAUGCCUCUCGCUUUAGAUGCCGAGAGCCGAAUGACUCUGCCGUGCGGGUAUUUCUCCCGAGGGGGAAUUUACUAUUUAGAAAUUGUUGCUGAUAAAGAGAGUUUCUUAGAUUACGGCAACGCUACAAUUAACACCAUAAAAGUUAAAAGAGAUGUGUCAGAAGGAGGUCUGAUGGAGACAGGGGAUAGUGUGGUUAAGUCUUGGAAGUUUGACGUUCAGUGGCCAAGUGCUACUUUGGAUGUUACUCCGGAGCAAAUCCAGACGUAUCCUGAAAGACAAGUAACGGCGAUACUGGAGUUCCCAAAGGUUGUAUGCACUCCGGUACAGACGAGUGCUGAUUUUUGGUUGGAACUUUUGUAUUGUGGACAUUCGAGUGGCGGGGCCGUGUUGUGUGACGGAAAAAAUACUAGUUCACAUGCUCACGUGCUGUAUUCAGAGCAGAUGUAUGGCUUCCCUGGUCGACGCACCAUGACGCUUCGCUGUGAACUGUUCGGCCAGGCUGGAGAUUAUGCUCUCACCCUGAGACCUGCCGCUGCUGCUGGUCCCCAAGACUUAGCCCUAGCUUUUGUAAAGGCGGACUGGUCUGACCAAUUCGUACUUAACGUUCACGGCGGGUCCGUGUUCCCCUGCGGAGAUGGAGUGAGAGUCCUGUUCCAGUACCCCGAGUGUGUGCUGGACGGUUCUGACAGGGUGCGAGUCUUCGGUAGAGACAGCUCGGACAGACUGCGAUAUGUUGCGGAAAGGAGAGUUCGGAGGGGGCAGCACACAGCUUCCUUCGACUGUCGUCUGUUCAGUGAGAAAUACCCGGAAUAUUGCUUCGUGUAUGUGUCGCAGGCUGUUACUGGGGCCGUCGCAGAUGUGCGCAUGGACUGCUUACCGACUUUACCUUUAUCAGAGGGAGGAGCUGGUGGUUGGGGAGAAUGGUCGCCGUGGUCUGCGUGUCCUGCGCCUGAACAUUGCUCUACUCGCACGCGUAGCAGACAUCGCUUCUGCGAUUCUCCGCCACCCGCCUAUGGAGCCAAGUAUUGUGAGGUAUAA